GUCGGGCAACAGCACACGGUGUGGAUACAACCGAGUGUGACAAGACUUUUUACUUUAAAAGAAUAUAAAGAAAAACACUCAGGAUGGAAUUUGGAAACUUGACCUCUGGCCAAGUGCUACUACUAAUGAAACAUUAAAAGGGGGUGACAUCCAAGAAAAAAAUUGUCCAUACGUGGAGCAGGGCUAUGAAAGAAAAGGGAAACCUGAUGAAGAAGAACAGUGCUAAAUCACAGCAGUCUUGAGUAUUUACACAUUUCUGUCAUCACAUUAGUCCAAGGAGAAUGAGCCCAAAUAUUUGUUGUCUUUGUAAGCUAUUCAGAGAAGACGAAAAUGGGAUCACUUCUAAAGUGUCAUUGGAGGAAGUGCUACAGUGGUCCCAAUCUUUUGAAAAGCUGAUGACUACUAAAUAUGGGCCUAUAAUCUACAAGACCUACCUGAAGACAGAAUACAGUGAUGAGAACAUUGAAUUCUGGCUUGCAUGUGAAACUUACAAGAAGAUUGAAUCACGGAGGAAAAGAAUUUCUGUGGCCAGGAGAAUAUUUAAAAAUUACAUUCAGCCCCAGGCGCCUAAAGAGAUUAACAUAGAUAGUCCUGCAAGGGAAGCUAUUAUCAGGAAUAUUCAAGAACCAACUCAGUCCUGUUUUGAUGAAGCUCAGAGAAUAGUUUACAUGCACAUGGAAAGGGAUUCAUAUUCCAGAUUUCUUGGAUCAGAAAUCUAUCAGAAACUGAAACACAGGCCUUCAGACUGACAGCAAUGACUCAUUAAUACAUAAAAGAGAGGCACCAAGGCUUUAGCAGAAGAGACUUCCUUCUGGUUUAUUAAUGUUUUCAAAUGAUAAAAGAAGAACAGAAGAAAUCAGCCAAUGGAUGAAUUUGCCUUACAAAGAAUGGUAGUUUGUUCUUAUGCUGAACUUAAAAUACUUUCCACCCUCUGCCCUGGUGGAAAAUUUCAGCUUUUUGUCAAAAAAUUGAAAGCCACUUUUAGUUCACCGCAGUCUGUCUGGAAUUUAAAAAGUCAAUAGAGGGAAGAAACCUAUGACCCCACUCACUUAUCACAAUCCACAGGAAAAUUAGCUGCCUCUUUUCCUUCUCCUACCAGCCAGGGAAGACCAUUUCCACACCCUCAUCAACAUCCACCACUAUCCAAGAGAAGCCACCGUCCGUGUUAGAAAUAAAAGUACUAAGGUUUGGAAUGGUAGUUACCGCACCGUAUUGUAAACUCUGUAAUUCACAAGCUAAAAAUCAGCACAUUGCCCAGUUAAUCAACUAAACAGUCUCAAGUGUAAAGAGAAACACAUGCAUAUUACACAAAAAACGCAUUAGUUUGCAGAAGGCUCCAAGGAUCGUUGUAAUUAUAUCCAGGCAUAUUUAAGCAACUGUGCAUUUGGUGCCCAAAUGUGCUUAGAUUAAUAAAGUGAGAUACAAAGCACCUUAUUAAACCUUAAAGGAGAGAUAUGGAAUGCUUUUGUUUAAUAAGUCAUAUUGGUAACAGCUUCAUAAAUCUGGCUAGCCAGGUGCAGAUGGUAGAAAACAAACACCUAGAUUAGUUCUGCUUGACUUGUGUUUUCACAGCACAAUACAACAUUUAUUAUGGAUAGCCCUAUAUUUCAUUCCACUCACAUUUUGGCAGAUUCGCCUGAUCUGCCUGUUCACUGCAUUAUUGAAAGUGUAACUUUUGCCCCUUUAUAAUUAGAUUGUUGUGCAAGGGCCUGAUAGUGACGUAAACAAACGUAUCCGAACGAAAACGUUUCUUCUAAAUCUUUCAUAUAGAAAGCUUAGAGGGGAAACAAUGGACUACUGUGAACUGUCCAUUAAAGGUCUAGGGCAUGCUGCUAGUUUGGAUAAACAGAAUAAAAGUCCUUCUCUUGGGUAAUGGAUUGGAUUAGUGAGAAGUGGUGCUACCCCCAAUUAAAAGAUAAGAUACGAGUUUUCAGCUGAGUGUAACAUGUUCUAAUGUUUAAACUAAUUAUAAGCUCUCACACUCACACUAAAUAAUAAGUGAUUCUGUUGUAUAACUAUAGCUUUUCGAGUCUCUUUUAAAUCAAUAUUUUCCAAUAUAAAACAUCAGGCUGUGAUCAUGUCCAAUCUGACAAACUAAGCAUUGGUGAUCUGUAUGCAUUUGGGAGAUCUCCAACAGAAGCCUAGGUGCUACAGGGAGAGUUGCUGACGUUGUAGGUGUCCUUCUCCAUCAGUAUCGACCUAAUGCCCCAGCACUGUAUUGAAGCAUAUUGUGUUGUUGAGGUCCCAGUAUUCAGAGCAAAUGUAACCCCCUUAGUUUGCAAAGGCUUUGUAGAGAUCCCAAGACAUGCACUCCACAAACAGGAAUGAUAAAUGUGUGUCCUAGACAAAUUCCAAUGUUGGUAAAUUACUUUCAGCCCACACAUUCUCAUGCAAAUAGGUGUGGCAUUAUCACCUCCUUGUGUCCGGGUGCUGCAUAGUGGUUGCAGUAGCACAUCUUCCAUGCCAUCUCUUAGCUGUCUCUUCUACUUGACUGUUUCUCCUCCUGUAUGACACGCUGCAAGAUCCAUCCUGCCUUCACUGUAUUGGGUAUUCCAUACUUAAUAGCCUAUAGCCAUUAUCAUAGGCCUAUCAUUCUCUGGAUACUUCCCCAAUUCCAUCUUUGAUAUCCGUAAAUCAGAGGCCCUGUUCAGCAUUUUAUUUGAGAGAGCCUGUCUGCUUCCUUUUCACUGUUAGAAAUUACUCUGCAUCUACCAUGUGUCCUCAGCUACAACUAGUCCAGCUUCUUUUGGCCUCUGCUCAGGCUGGUUUUUAGUGACUAUGAGAGCUUCCUCUACAGCAGAUGGCUUUCAGUAGCUCCCUAGCCCUCUCCUUCAUGUGGGUUAGUCUGAAACUAUCUUUUUGUUAAUAAAACCAUGCUCCAAGAGGAAGGACUUGCUGAUCUUACAAGUGUGUCGCUUUUGGUUUGAAGUAGGUAUGGACCAGUUUACAUUUUAGGGAGAUCACCCACAAUGAUUGCCUCCAAGUUCAUGGUACAAGGAGCACACCACCAAGUUUCUGAAAGGGCUUAAUGUACCAUAACUGAUACCCAUAGUGGGGUUGCUUACAGUAGUGCAGCGAGGCUGGGGCCAUUCACAAUACAACAUUCCUCACACUUGGGAAAGAAAAUGGUCCAUAGGGAGGACUAUGACAAGUUUCAGUUAAUAAUCAGCAUUAUUUUUUGGCCUAAAACAUGUUCAUCUUAUAGUUAUUUUACUCAAGAUACGUUUAAAAUUCCUCUAUCUAGAAUGAAACUUUAGGGUUUGUCUAUUUAAUAUUCGAGUGCAGAGAGACUCUGUCUGUCGGGAAUGACUAAAGGUUUCAGAGUUUGUUUCUUUUCUCUAUUAAACAGCUUAGUCCUAUUAACUG